AUGAAGAAAUUCUUCAAAUUUUUUAAGAGACUUGACCGUCUUGAAGCAAAUCAACAAAAUUUGAGACGCGCCACACUUGCAGACUGGCCAGCAUUUAGUGUAGAUAAACGGGUACGUAUAUUUGACCAUACACGCAGCACUUGGAUUGAUGCACAGAGGGAAUGUUCAGAACAUGCCGAAAUGCUUACCAAUAGUGGCAGUAGUAAUCGACCAAAUGAUCAUUAUUGGAUAGGUGUACAAAUUAUGUUGCAAUUCAGCAACGGUUCUUCCAUAAUUGGAAAUUAUAGCAAUUUUGAGGAACAGAAUAAUUCAGAAAAUACGCAAAAUCAAAAACUGUCAAAAGGUUUUGUAAUGAAAAGGUGUGCUGCAAUUUCUGCGUCUCAGGCAACAAAAAGUGAAGGGCGAUGGCUAAGUUUAGAAUGUAAUGAAAAGCAUGGGUUUAUAUGUCAGCUUUGA